AUGACGUCGGUCAAAGUAGCCGUUCGUGUUCGACCAUUUAAUGCUCGUGAACGAGCACGUCAAGCCAAAUGUAUAAUUCGCAUGGAUCAAAAUGAACAAACAACAUUUAUAAGAAAUCCAAUUGAUGAUACAAUAAAACAUUAUAAAUAUGAUUAUUCAUAUUGGUCAUGUGAUGAAAAUACAAAUAAUGAAAAAUUUGCAACACAAAAACAAGUUUAUCAAGAUUUAGGCAUUGAAAUGUUAGAACAUGCAUUUGAAGGAUAUAAUGUUUGUAUAUUUGCCUAUGGACAAACAGGUGCCGGAAAAUCUUUUACAAUGAUGGGAAAAAAUGAAAUAGAACAACAAGGUAUUAUUCCUCGUUUAUGUGGAGAAUUAUUUGAACGUAUAACAUCAUCAACAACUCCACCAAUAUCAUUAUCAUCAUCUCAUAUAAAACCACGUUAUACAGUUGAAGUAUCAUAUAUGGAAAUUUAUUGUGAACGUGUACGAGAUUUACUUUCACCAAAAAAAAGUCAAUCAAGUUCACAUAAUUUACGUGUACGAGAACAUCCUAUUAUGGGACCAUAUGUUGAAGAUUUAUCUCGUUUACUUGUAACAUCUUAUGAUGAUAUAUCAAGAUUAAUUGAUGAAGGUAAUAAAGCUCGAACAGUAGCAGCUACAAAUAUGAAUGAAACAUCAAGUCGAUCACAUGCUGUAUUUACAAUAUUAUUUUCACAAUCAACAUAUGAUAAAAUGACAGAUUUAACAGCUGAAAAACAAUCAAAAAUUUCAUUAGUAGAUUUAGCUGGAAGUGAACGUGCUGAUGCAACUGGUGCAACAGGUGAUCGUUUAAAAGAAGGUGCAAAUAUAAAUAAAUCAUUAACAACACUUGGAAAAGUUAUUGCAGCACUUGCUGAAAUGAGUUCAAAAAAUCGUAAAACACGUUCGGAAAAAAAAGGUGAUUUUAUACCAUAUCGUGAUUCUGUAUUAACUUGGUUAUUAAAAGAAAAUCUUGGUGGUAAUUCAAAAACAGCUAUGAUAGCAGCAAUAUCUCCAGCUGAUAUUAAUUAUGAAGAAACUUUAUCUACACUUCGAUAUGCUGAUCGUGCAAAAGCAAUUGUUUGUAAAGCUGUUAUUAAUGAAGAUGCAAAUGCAAAAUUAAUACGUGACUUAAAAGAAGAAAUAAUUAAAUUACGAGAAUUAUUAAGACAUGAAGCUGGUAUUGAUAUAUCACCAGAUGGUAUACCAACAUCAAUUGUAUCUACAAGUACUACUAAACAUCCACGAUUAAAAUCUUCUUCAUCACAAAGUAGUGAAGAUGCAUUAGAACGUUUAAAAGAAAAUCAAAAAUUAAUGGAUUCAUUAUGUAUGUCAUAUGAAGAAAAAUUAAAGAAAACAGAAAAAAUUAUGGUAGAAAGAGAAGCAGCUUUUCAUGAACUUGGUGUUUAUUCAAAAAAUGAUGGAAAUGCUGUUGGGAUUUUUUCACCAAAAAAUUCUCCUCAUUUGGUCAAUCUUAAUGAAGAUCCAUUAAUGUCCGAAUGUUUAAUGUAUUUUAUUAAAGAUGGUACAACUCGUGUUGGCCGUCCUGAUGCACCUGUACAUCAAGAUAUUGUUUUAUCUGGUUCACAUAUAGAACCUGAACAUUGUAUAAUAACAAAUUCUCAAAAUAUUGUUCAUUUAAAACCAUGUAGUGGAACAGCAAUGUGUUAUGUUAAUGGAAAAAAAGUUAAUUUUAAUACAACUGUUGAUUUAACAUCUGGAUCUCGUGUUAUAUUUGGUAAAUCACAUGUUUUCCGUUUUCUUAAUCCUGAACAAGCACGAAGAAAAAAUACAAAAACAGAAUCAUCAUCUGGUGAACCAACUGAUUGGAAUAGUGCAAUACAAGAGUUAUUAGAAAAACAAGGUGUUGAUAUAAAACAUGAAAUGGAAAAAAAACUUUUAACAAUGGAAGAAGCAUUCAAAAGAGAAAAAGAAGAAGCUGAUCGUCUUUUACGUGAACAAAAACUUGAAUAUGAAUCUAAAAUAGUUGAAUUACAAAAACAAGUUAUGGAAACAUCAAUGAGUCAAUCAAUGCUUUCAUCUAUAUUAUCAUCAUCAGGUUUUGUUGAUACAUCAUCAUUUAAACAAAAUCCAUUUCAACAAGAUUAUAAUGAAAAUGAUAAUGACACACUUAAUUAUUGUUCUUGGUCAGAACAAGAUUAUCAAUUAGCUUGGUGGGCAUGGAAAAAAUGGCGUUAUCAUCAAAUGACAUCAUUAAAAGAUUAUUCAAAUCGUAUUCAACCCAUUUGGUUGAUUAAGGAUCUUUUAUGGGCUAAUAGUGUUUAUUUAAAAGAAGCAAAUGCCAUAAGUGUUGAAUUACAGAAACGUGUACAAUUUCAAUUUGUUCUUUUAACUGAUACACUUUAUUCACCAUUACCUACUGAUUUAUGUUUAUCACCAUCAUCAUUACAACGUACAAUUGUUGCUGUUGAAGUACAAGAUUUAAAAAAUGGCGCACGACAUUAUUGGACAUUAGAAAAAUUUCGAUCGCGUCUGGAAAUUAUGCGUCAUAUAUACAAUUGUGAACAAAUAUCAAUACCACGUGCAGUAAGUUAUAAUGAUAUGAGCGAUUCAUCAUCGCAACAUAUUAUUAUGACAUCUGAUACUCGACAUUCAAGUUUUGAUGAUUCAAUUCCAACUCCAACUCCAGCUGUUAAAGGACAAUUUGAUUUUUCAUCAAAAGCCAGACAACGACUUGAAUUAAUGCGUGAAAUGUAUACAAAUGCUGCUGAUAUUUCACCAACAUCACCUGAUCAAAAUCUUGAAUCAAUAUUAACAGGUGAUAUGUCAACAACUACAAUUCAAAAUGAUCCAUUUUAUGAUCGUUUUCCUUGGUUUCGACCAAUUGGAAGAGCAUUUGUUUAUUUAACAAAUCUUUUAUAUGGUAUACCAUUAGUACAAAAUGUUGCUAUUGUAUCUGAACAUGGUGAAAUAAAAGGUUAUUUAAAAAUAGCUGUACAACAAUUACAAACAACUGAUACACCUAAUGAACAAAUUAAAUUAAUGAGAACAUAUAGAAAUGCAAGUGGAAUGACAAAAAUUGUCUUUGAUGAUGAAAAUUAUUUUCAAAGUAUGAAAAGUUCAUCUACGGCUGAUUUAACAAAAGCAUGCGAUUCUUCAGAUCCAUAUUUUCGUUAUGUCGAAGGGCAAUCUCAAUUUGGUCUUAAUGAUAUUUCACAACAAAAAACAAUUUCUGAUUCUUCACCAUCAUCUAAUCUUUCUAAAGAAUCUCAAAUAAUACUUAAAAAUGAUAAUUCAUCAAAUGAAUUCGUACCACAACUUGGUGUUGAAUAUCAAUUUCGUGUAACAGUUUUAGAAGCAUCACAAAUAUCAUCGGAUUAUGUCGAUAUUUUUUGUCAAUUUAAUUUUUUACAUCAACAUCAAGAAGCAUAUUCAACAGAACCACUUAAGAAUCAAGGCAAACCAGGACCACCAUUAGGUUUUUUUCAUGUACAAAAUUUCAGUGUUAUUGUAACACAUUCAUUUAUUGAUUAUCUUCGAACAAAACCAAUUGUAUUCGAAGUCAUGGGUCAUUAUCAAGAACAUUUAAGUCCAACAAAAACUAGUUCAACAACAACAAAUUGUUUAUCAGCAACAACUUCAGCAUCAUUAACUUUUUCAAAACCAGUUCCUGCUCAAACACUUAAUCCAAUGACAGCUGUUAGUACAACAAAUCAAGUUCAUGCUACACAUGAUCUUCUUGUUUGGUAUGAAAUUUUUGAAUUAUCACCUACUGGAGAAUAUGCUGCUGCAACAGUUGAUCAUUCGGAUGAUGUUCCAUGUUCAGGUCGAUUUAUUCUUCAUCAAGGUAUUCAACGUCGUAUUGGAAUAACUCUUUGUCAUGAAUCUGGUUCAGAACUUAUUUGGAAAGAUGUACAAGAAGUUGUUGUUGGUCGUAUUCGUGGUCAACGUGAUUCAGUUUUUGAUGAAUCUGAUGGUCAAGUAUUAUCAUUAAAUGUAAUUUCAGCACAUUAUAUUCAAAAACAACAUGAUGAACGAACAUUUUAUCAUUUUGAAGUUGCAUGGGAUUCAUCAUUACAUAAUUCAUUAUUACUUAAUCGUUGUACAUCAAGUGGAAAUUCUGUUUAUUUAACAAUAUCAUCAUAUCUUGAAAUCGAAAAUUCUUUUCAACCAGCUAUAAUAACAAAAGAUCUUUGUCUUGUUUUAUAUCCACGUGGUGGUGAUUCAACAUCACGUAUACGUUCAUCAUUAAAAAAUUUUUUCUUAGCAACUAAUUCUAUAACAUCAUCAUUUUAUGAUUCAAUAAAUGAACAUUCAAAUCGUGUAUCAGCUGUUUAUGAAUUAAAAUUACGACGAGCAACACCAAUGAAUAUUAUGACACAAGAUUCAUCAUUAAUUAAUUCUGAUAUACAACGACGACAAAGAACAAAAAUUGAUACAUCAAAAAUUUAUGUACGUGGUGAAGAAAUGUUAAAUGGUUGGAGACCAAGAAGUGAUUCAUUAAUUAUUGAACAUCAACAAGAUUUAGAAAAAUUAUAUAAAAUUGAACGUGUUGAAUAUACAAAACAUUUUCUACAAGUAAAAAAUCGUUUAGAAAAUCCAUUAACAUCACCAAAUGAUAAUUCACCAGAAAAAAUUAAAUAUUCAUUAAAUUCAAUUGAUCCAUCAAUACCAAUUGAUAAUCGUCAACAAGAUUUACUUCGUCGUUGUGUAUCAAUGAUGUUACCACCACCUUUAAUUCUACAUAAAUUAACUAUACCAGAAAUUGAAGUCACUACUGAUCAUCGUUUAUCAUCCGAUGAUUUUAGAACAGUUCAUUCAUUACUUAAAUCAGCAUCAACAUAUUCAUUUAAUACACAACCAUUACAUAUGAAUACAGCAAAUAUGAUUAAUUCAUUUAUUAAAGCAUCUUCUAGUAGUUCGGAUCUUUCAAGAUUUGCACAUUUGGAUCCAUCUUAUUCAAUAUCAUCAGUACAUCGAAUUGGUGGUAUGACUGGUUCAAUAUCACCUAGUAUGCCAAAAUCACGUUCAAUGGAAAGUUUAAUGAAUACAUCAGGUAUUGCAUUAAAAUACAUUCCAUCAAUUGAAGAAGUUCGUAUAUCACCUGUUGUAUCACGUCGUGGUUAUUUAAAUUUUUUGGAAGAAAAAGGAACUGGUUGGAUAAAAAAAUUUGUUGUUGUACGACGACCAUUUGCAUUUAUAUAUAAUCAUGAAAAAGAUCCUGUUGAACGUGCAUUAAUUAAUUUAGCUACAGCACGUAUUGAAUUUAAUGAUGAAGAUAUAGCAAGUGGAACAAGAAGUGCUCGUAAUACAUUUUCUGUUGUAUCAAAAUAUCGUGGUUUUCUUAUUCAACCAUUAGUUGAAAAAGAUGUUCAUGAUUGGCUCUAUGCAUUUAAUCCAUUACUUGCUGGACAAAUAAAAUGUCGUUUAUCCGGUCGAUCAAAAGUAAGUAUUGAUUAA